AUGCAGCGUCUGAGCACACAGCUGUGCCUCUCCUUGCUGCUGCUGUCCUUGGGCGGGUCCCAGGCUCAGGAAUUGGGCUACAAGGUACAGGUGCAGAGCCAGGUGAAGGUGCAGGAAGGACUCUGGGUCCUCGUGCCCUGCUCCUUCUCCUACCCCAGCCAGGAGAAAGGUCCAGAUUCCUCUCCAACUCAUGGCUACUGGUUCACACAAGGAACUGACACAAACACCGGGGAACCCGUGGCUUCCACCAACCCAGCUCGACCCAUACAAAGCUGGACUCAGGGUCGAUUCCAGUUGCUGGGGGACCCCCACAGGAAUGACUGCACCCUGUUCAUCAGAGAUGCCCAGAAAGAGGAUGAGAAAAAUUACUUCUUCUGGGUAGAGAAGGGAGAGAAGCUGAAAUAUAAUUUCGUGAUGGACAUGUUCCGGCUGGAAGUGACAGCCCUAACUCAGCCGCACAUCUUCAUUCCUGAGACACUGGAGCCUGGGCUGGCAGUGACCAUCAUCUGCAUGGUUCCCUGUAUCUCUCAGCAAUGUGUGGCCCCUUCCAUCUCCUCAUCCUGGCCUGCCCUCUCCACCACUGAGAGCAGACCCCAGACCUCCUUCCUGUCAGCAAUCAGCCUCACACCACGCCCGAGUGACCACGGAACCAAGCUCACCUGCCAAGCGGCCUUCAGAGCUGGCAACACUGUGGAGAACACUGUCUGGCUAAGCGUGGCCUGUGCCCCCAGAAACCUGGUGAUCACCAUUUUCCGUGACAAUCCCCAAGGUGCGAGGUCCAGUGGCAGGGCUGGCUUGGCCCUGGAGAAGUGGAAAGCCCAGGAGUCCCAAGGAAACAUGACCUGCAUGGAUGUCCGCAAAGGCCAGUUUCUGCAGCUGCUCUGCACUGUGGCUGGCCGGCCUCCCCCCAAGCUGACCUGGGUCUUGGGGAACCGAGUCCUCUUGAGGUCAAAUGCCAUGCACCCUGGAAACCUGGGGCUAGACCUGCCCGGGGUGAAGGUCAGGGAUGCGUGGCGCUAUGCGUGCCAAGCGGAGAAUAGAUUAGGCUCCCAGCACCACGCCCUGGAUCUCUGUGUGCAAUACCCUCCGGAGGUGCUGACAGUGACCGCUUCUCAAGGAAACAGCACAGAGCUGGAAAUCUGCAGGAACGGCUCCUCCAUCCAUGUCCUGCAGGGACAAAGCCUGCGCCUGGUCUGGGUCACCCACAGCCACCCGCCGGCCACGUUGAGCUGGGCCCGGGAGCCUGGGGUCCUGGAGUUGCCCGUGGUCGAGGCAGAACAUGAAGGAGAAUUCACCUGCCAGGCGCAGAACCCUCUGGUGACCUGCACAUCUCCCUGAGCCUCUCUGUGCACUAUGAAGGCUCCAUCUCUGCAGCUUUCUCCAAGGGGGCAGGCCUGGGCAUCGGUGCCACGACUUUCCUUUUCCUCUGUCUCAUUGUGCUCAUUGUGAAGAUGCUGAGGAAAUCACAGCCUCAUACAGAGACAUGCAGAACCCAGGUCUCCCCGCACAGCACCGUCCUUGAUAACAGCAUCGUCAACCCUAAGGCCCGGGCUCCGAAAAAGAAGGCCAAGCCAAGCAGCCCUCCCAGGACCGCUUCUCCAGGCACUGGCUCCCCAGAACCAAGGAAGAACCAGAAGGCCACCCUCAGCUGCCCCAAGCCAACAUCACCCACACAAGGCCCAGACCCCGAAAGCUGCCCAGAAGAACUC